AUGCCCAUUCUGCAGGUGAAAUUUCCAGCCACAGGCUUCGCUGCUCUGCUUGCUUUCGAAACAGCGUGGGCUCCAACCUGUCGAAUCCACAAUCUCCCGCGACGACCGGUCUCGCUCGAACGAUUAUACUCAAACCCAGCGCUAGUACGUCAAACGACCAGUCAAUCUUCCACCCCAGGACAGAAGAACUGGCCGGCCGGGAGAAUGGGCUCAAUACAGUCUCAAGAUACAUAUAAUCAGCGGGAAAAUGGGCAAGCGGACGGCUUAUCUGCCAGCCAGCUUGAUGGGGAUGGUUGUUUCCGCUCUCUUGAGCUCAUCGGUCUUAUGCCCGAUCAGACCACUCCGACAGGCUUGAGAGAGGAUCUUUUCCUUUUGUCCUGGCUCAUUGUACUGCUACGGGCCAGCGAUGGUGGCCAGAUUGCGUUUGACUGGGCGUACAAAAAUCGCAUAAAUAGUUCUGGAAAUGAGCUGGUGAAAACGUCUCUGUCGAUGAAUGAAGUAAUGACCGGCCUAGAAAGUUCUAUUGGACAUACAGUGGCAGCCAUUUCUAGCCACAUAGCGAAAGUUGUACCAAGUCAGUGCGCGGAUAUUACCGGUCCUGUGUCUCUUCUCUUGAGCACUGGCUCUCUUUCCCAGGAAGCUAAAGAUGAGCCGGUACUUCACCUUGAAGUAUGCUCUCAUGAGAAUGGAUUUAAGAUUCGUCCCGUGUGGCAAGCUAAAAGUAUGCUACCAUAUACAAUAAAGCGACAUAUCAACGCUUUGGCGGACACCAUCAGAACGUGCCUUUUGUCUCCAGAUGCAUCUAUGCAGGACUGUCUCAGGCCCACCAUGAGUGACUUGGAUGAUAUAUGGGGGUGGAAUCAUGAACUUCCCCCACUGUAUGACUUUUGCAUGCAUGAGAUGAUUUCAAAACAAGCCCAGAAAUCCCCAGACAAAGAUGCCAUCGCGUCUUGGGAUGGCGGUUUGACAUACGGCCAAAUUGACAGGUACUCUACCUUUGUCGCCGAGCUGCUGAGAGAAAUGGGUAUCCAGCUUGGGGAUGUUAUCCCUGUGUGUUUUGAGAAAUCAAAAUGGACCAUUGUCGCCGUUCUUGCCGUGAUGAAAGCAGGAGGAACCUUUGUGCUCAUGGAUUCGACCCUUCCGCUUGCUCGCCUCCAAAAUAUGGCGGUCCAAGUGGGCGCAAAGAUGAGGGUCACAUCUCGUAUGCAGCAUGAAUUUGGCAAUGAAAUUAUGCCAGGUGGAAAAUCUAUCGUUGUGGAAGAAGACACAUUUUCGCAGAUUUCGGAAUCACAGGUCCUUCCCGAGUUACCAACCGUUCCAUCAUCUACCCUCAUGUACAUCAUCUUUACUUCCGGGAGCACAGGAACUCCCAAGGGUGUCACUAUUUCUCAUGAAACCUACACAAGCAGCGCCAUUCCUCGAGCGAAAGCGGUGGGCUACACGGGGAACUCCAGAGUUCUUGAUUUUGCAUCCUACGCUUUCGAUGUCAGCAUUGAUAGCAUGCUAUUGACCUUGGGCAAUGGUGGCUGUCUUUGUAUCCCCUCAGAUGAAGAUCGACUGAACGAUAUAAACGGAGUGAUCCGUGACAUGAGAGUCAAUUAUGCCGGUCUGACCCCUUCAGUGGCCCGCAUUCUGGAUCCUGAUGUUAUAACGUCCAUGGAGGGUCUUGGCCUUGGAGGAGAGGCGGUUUCAGCAAGAGACGUUGCCAUCUGGGGUCAAGACACCAGGAUUAUUAUUGGUUAUGGACCCUGUGAAUGUACGAUAGGAUGCACGGUUAACGGCAGCGCUGCGACUGGCAGGGAUUAUAUCUCUAUCGGACCGGGUAAUGGAGCAGCGAUGUGGGUUACGGAUCCGAAUGACCAUGACGUACUAAUGCCCGUUGGCGCCGUGGGCGAGUUGCUUGUCGAGGGCCCGAUUGUUGGGCAAGGCUACCUGAACGACCCCGAGAAGACCGCGUCCGUGUUCAUUCAUGAUCCCAAGUGGCUGGUCGCAGGACACAACGGGUACCCUGGUCGUCGAGGACGUCUGUACAAGACGGGAGACCUUGGACGAUAUGACCCUGAUGGUUCGGGAGGAAUUGUGUUCGUUGGACGUAAGGAUACACAAGUCAAAUUGCGUGGGCAACGAGUCGAGCUUGGUGAGAUCGAGAGUCAGCUUAGGGCUAGACUGCCAUCGGAGACCAAUGUAAUUGCCGAGGUGAUUGUUCCUCAGGGAUCUGGAAGCCAACCGACUUUGGUUGCAUUCGUUGCUCCCCAGUCUGCAAAGGGCCAUGAGAACACGGAACUGGGGCUCGCACAGCAGAAUGAUGAGCAGCGUGAAGUUUUAUCCAAGGCGGAUGCGGAGCUGGCUCAAGUCCUACCGCGAUAUAUGGUUCCCACAGCAUACAUACCCGUCAACUACAUCCCGGUUUUAAUUUCAGGGAAGACCGACCGCAAACGACUCAGGCAGCUCGGUGCAACUGUAGACUUGCGCCAACUGGAUCAAGGGGCAAGGAACACCGCCGCUCGGGAGCUGAGUGAUAUUGAGCAGCGUUUAAGACAGGCAUGGGGAGAGACAUUGAAGCUCAAUGCAGACACCAUUCGGCCGGAUGAUAAUUUCUUUGGACUCGGCGGUGACUCCCUGGCCGCGAUGAGACUCGCUGCUGUCUGCAGAGCGCAGGGCCUCGAUCUCAGUGUUGCCAGCACUUUUAGCCACCCCACUCUCACGGCAAUGGCUGGUGUGGUUCAGAUUUGCGACUCUCAGACAUUGGUCUCAGAGACACAGGCAUUUUCAAUGAUUUCUCAAGCCGUGGAGAGCGCCUGCUGGCAAGCUUCACAGGCCUGUGGAUCAACCCCAGCAGCUGUCGAGGAUAUCUACCCUUGCACCCCCACACAAGAGUCACUUUUCACCUUUUCGCUCAAAUCAGCCGAGGCGUAUGUGGCUCAGAGAGUUGCUCAAAUACCGUCAAAUACAAUAAACCUUGAUUCCUGGAAGAAGGCCUGGGAAGAUGUUGUCGCAGCAAACCCUAUUUUGCGGACCCGCUUAGUCCAACUGCAAGACCCUGGCCUGCAACAGGUUGUCCUGAAAGAUCCCAUAUCUUGGAAGCAUUCAACCAAUCUGGAGCAAUAUCUGGAGACUGAUAGAAAUGAGAAGAUGGAACUUGGACAGAACCUUGCUCGAUAUGCCAUUGUUGACGACUCAAAUGAUGGCAAGCGAUACAUGGUGUGGACCGUCCAUCACGUACUCUACGACGGAUGGUCGGAGCCUAUCAUACUGAAGAAAGUUAGUGAUGUGCUGCAAAGCCAGAGCGUUGAAGUACAGACGCAAAUGAGGGAGUUUGUGAAAUACGUGCGCGAGACAGACGAGACAGCCAUGCAGGAAUUCUGGCGUCGUGAAUUGAAAGGAGCCGUUGGACCCCAGUUCCCACGUUUGCCUUCUAGAGAUUUCCUGCCGACUCCGGAUGGUAUGGUCGAGCACCAAAUAGACAUUGAGACCAGUUCUGGAUGGCCAUUCACCAUGGCCACAUUGAUUCGCGGAGCAUGGGCACUCGUGGCGUCGCAAUACUCCGGCAGCGACGACGUCGUAUUUGGCGAGACUCUUACAGGUCGAGACAUUGCGUUGGCGGGAGUUGAAGGCAUUGUCGGUCCGUUGAUUGCAACGGUGCCUAUCCGGAUACACGUUCGCCGAUCAAGCUCUGUAGGGUCUUAUUUACAGACGGUGCAGCAAGCCAUGUCGGCCCGUACACCAUACCAACACAUGGGAAUGCAAUUCAUCCGAAAGGUCAGUCAGGAUGCCCAGCAUGCAUGCGAAGCCCCCACAGGCUUGGUUAUCCAGCCAGAACCGGAAUAUGUGGGAAGCGAACUCGGCUUCGAAGUUGGGGAUGUCGUCCGUGAAGCGCUCCAUUUCAACCCUUACCCGCUCAUGCUAGGAUGUGGGAUUAAAAAGGGUGGGUUCAGGAUUUGCGCCAGUUUUGAUACGAGCCUGAUUGAGACCAAGCAAAUGCAACGAAUCCUCGCGCAGAUAGAGAUGGCUUGUCUGCAGUUAGCCAAGGACCUUUCCAGGCGAAUCGACGAGAUAAGCUGCCUUCCGGAAACCGAGUUGAACCAGAUUUGGCGAUGGAAUCGAACACCCCCUUUGGCCUAUGACGAGAGUUCGAAAACACUUCGAGCAGAUUCGAGCUUUAAGCCAGGAGCGGCGUACCCUAACGCAGUGGUUCCCUGGGUUUGCAACUCGCGAAACCCGUCUCUGUUGUCACCCAUUGGCUGUGUUGGUGAGCUUUGGCUGGAAGGAGCUUUCUUUGCCGGAGAAACCGUUGAAUCCCCUGCCUGGCUCGUGGCUGGAAGCUCCAGUUGCCCUGGACGAACAGGGAAAAUGCAGUCAACAGGGGAUAUGGUCCAGCUACGAGAAGAUGGCAGCUUGAUGUUUGUUGGGCGAAAGGAGAAUGUGGUUCCAGUGCAAGGGCAUGCAGUGGACAUUGCGGAGCUUGAAUCUCACUUCACAAGGUAUCUCCCCGAGACGGCCCGUGCCGCUGGAGCUGUAUGUCAGGUAUUAUUGUCCGAUGGCGUUCAGAAGAUAUCAGAGCCAGAACUGGUCGUUUUCGUGGAAUAUCCACCUUCCAACGAGGACACUGUCGAGGUCAUGUCGGCACAACACGACAUCAUUUCCGACACAACCUCCGAUUCCCAAUGCUCCAAGACCACUAUCUGCGCUAAGAUCCCAGUUAGCCUUGCUCUCGCCUUGAAAAAGCUCAAUAAAUUCAUUCGUGACUCUCUUCCGUCGUUCAUGAUCCCGUCCACCUACAUUGUGCUGGACAAAUUGCCGGGAGACCAGGACCACAUCGACCGCAGCCAGCUCAAUCAAUUAGCAUCGAGAAUGACUUCCGGCAUGCUCACUCAAAUUCGUGAAGGCUUCCAGCAGGCAUGGACACACAGCUCGGUUCAAACCACUUUGACUACCGCAGAGAGCAUCCUACAGUCUGCGUGGGCGAAGAUCCUCCGAAUCAGCCCGGAGCAGAUUGAUGUCGACGACAACUUCUUCCGCCUCGGUGGGGACUCUGUCCUGGCCAUGAAGUUGGUGUCGAGUCUUCGCAUGCAGGGACAUCGAUUGACGGUAGCGGACAUCUUCCAGCACAUGCGUCUUGGUGACGCGGCUAGAAGGCUAAAACAAGCAGGCCAAGUUGCUGAAACGCAGGUUCAGGCUUACGUCCCCUUCUCUACCCUGGGCCUCGCCGAUAUCGAGCUAUUCCUAUCUGAAGCGGUGCGGCCAAAUCUGGCGGAUCCAACUUGGUCUAUCCGAGACGUAUACCCCGUGACAGAUUCUCAAGCCCUCGACAUCAGGGCAACCGUCCAGCCCCCACGGACCUCCAUCCAAUACACCAUGCUGUAUCUCCACAAAGACAUCAACCGGGAACAGCUGAUCCGCGCUUGUAACAACCUAGUCAAGACCCACGAGAUUCUGCGCACGGUCUUCAUUGAACACGAGUCAACCUUCUUCCAGGUCGUAUUGAACGAGCUGGAGUCCCCCGUGACGGUGCAGCAGCAGCAGCAGCCAGACAACGAGGACCUCGAGCAAUCCGUCACCGACCUGUGCAAGUCGCACGCCGAAUCGGAAUUCCGUCUGGGGUCGUCCUUCCUGAAAAUCUUCCUUGUCGAAGGCAGAGACGGCCAAGCAUGUCUCGUUCUCGGCUUAUCCCACGCCUUAUACGACGGGGUGUCGCUGCCCCGGCUGCUCCAGGAUCUGGACGCCUUGUACACGGGGAGCGCAGAACAGACUCCAGAUGUCGCGCCAUUCUCCGCCUAUAUUUCCCACGUUUCCAACCAGGACAGCCAGACCAAAGCACUCGCUUACUGGGGAGAUCUUCUGCGGGACUCGUCGUGGUCCGUUCUUGACGGUAGCACAGGCCAGCUUACAGAUAGAGCCGUCUUCCAAACCAAGGCCGCCGUGGCUACCGCGCAAGCACCGGACGAGAUCACGACCGCAACCCUCCUCACGGCGGCCUGGGCACUGGUGCUCGCGAAUCGUCUGCACACGCGAGACGUCACCUUCGGCAGCGUGACCUCCGGGCGUGGGGUGGACUUGGCCAAUGUCGAGAAUGUCGUGGGCCCAUGCUACCAGCUGACGCCGGUCCGGGUCUCGUUCGAGACGCCAUGGACCGCGAUGGAUCUCCUGCGUUCUGUUCAGAAGCAGAGUGGCGAGUCUGCCGCGUAUGACUUCCUCGGGUUUGAAACGAUUUCCACGCAGUGCACCCAGUGGCCAUCGGAGGCGACCUUCUUUGACUCCGUUGUCCAUCAUCAGGAUUGGGAUGAUUCCGAUACCAUGCUCUUUGCGGGCGCUGAGUGUCGGGUUGAGAUCAUGAAUCCGCACGGGGACGCUGCUCGUCCUGUCAAGGCGGUUUCGUUCGUUCGGGAUGGGCAGGUGCAUGUUGGUGUAGUGGGAAGCGAACGCGAUGCUGAAUUUGUAGAGACAAUUCUUGAUGAGUUGGCUGGUGCUGUUCAAACGUUGACCAGUGGGAAGUCGGACCUGGUGUUGUUGGAGGAGGAGGAGGAGGGAGCUUUCUAGCUUGGACGUGG